CCUCCAGCCCCCAUCAUUAAGGUCCCCCCCCACAGUCAGGUGAACGGGACGGGCAGCAGUGUGGCGUUCCUCUGUGAGGUCUUUGCGUUCCCGAUGGCUCUGGUCGAGUGGAGGAAGGAGGGCCGAGACGUGGUCCUGCCCGGAGACGACCCCCAUAUCUCAGUCCAGUCUCGCGGCGGUCCUCUGAAGUUCGAGCUCUCCAGUUGGCUGCAGAUUGAGGGGGCGGGGCCAGAGGACUCGGGAACCUAUCGCUGCAUCGCUCGGAACAACGUGGGAUCCGUGUCGGCCUCUGCUGUACUGGGAGUACUGGGAGCAGAGGAGCUGUCGUCCUACCUGGCCAAUAGCGCGUCAGAGAUGAAGCAGCUGAUGGACGCCACGGACUACGACCAGGACUUUUACUGAACCUACAUGUGAUGUCACUUCCUGUCAUCUGACACCAUUUGGAGACAUCACACUCACGGCUGCGCAGACUUUUGUCGGCCAUUUUGCGGCAGCUGUGCGGCGCCGGUCUGGUGACAUCGUGAGACUCUGACAGGACGGUCAGAGACACUCGGAGGUCGGACAGACGGUCGUCUCCACAUUCUGCUUGUUUUCAGCGAUGUACUAAAAGAUAUUAACGUAUUUAUCAUAUUAUCCCCACUGUUACCCUGUUACAUCGCAGUGACAUCACACUGGGCCGUGACACGGAGGCUCAGCAUGUUGAGCGUGUUGUAGACGUCGCGGGUUCGAGCCCGAGUCUCCUGUCGGCCCUGUCAGUGUGAAACAAACUCGUAUGUAUCUAUAAUUAAAUGUGACGUAAACUCG